AAAUUCAGGAACAAGAUUAAUUACCGCAUUCCAAGAUCACUUCUUAGUAAAGUCACCUCAAAAGAGGCGUUACGGAACAUCUGCCGCGAAAUCCAGGGUCCAAAGAUCUAUCAAAGGCGAACCCUGGAGCUGAGCCACAGCCAUUCAACGCGGCCUCGUGAACUAGGGUCCAGGUAGUUCAAGUGUAUCACCCUUCGACUUCACCCAUUCACCUGAGCUCCGCCUAGAUCCAAAAAGGCACACUACCUAUUCUCCGAUCAACACCAGCUUCACAUCUCCCUCUUUCUUUUAGCACUUUCAUCGCAUCUCCCCCUUCAUUCACUGACCUUUGCGUCCCCUCUUUAGACUAAACGUAGUCUCGUCUUUGGUCAUACAGAUUCGCUCCUUGAUCAACAGCCUCACGUUCAAGAUUUGACGUCAUCUUGGUACGACUUCAUACUCGUGCACCUCGAUCGAGAACGUACCCUGGCAUUUGAGUGCAGUACCCCAUUGUGCAACAGUGACCAAUUCGAACUCCAACGACAAGUCUCUCGCAGACCUGAAACGCCACUCGACACAAACGAUACCGAAGACGGCCUUCAUGCAUUUCCACAAACUAUUCGAUUGUUGAUACCCGAACCCUUCAAGACUACAAGUACAUAUCUUGAGGUUGCGUGCACCUAAUUGCCAGCGGACCGGGGCCCUUUCAUCGCGAUGGGUACACCCCGAGACUAUUAUGCAGACUUAGAGCUGCCACCGACGGCAGACGCCGCGGAAAUUCGAAAACAAUAUCGAAAACUUGGUACAAAUGGACGAAGCUUGUUUCCUUCUUACAGCCGCUGACACGAAUUGUAGCUCUCAAGUAUCAUCCAGAUCGCAAUCCUGGACGAGAGGCAGAAGUGAACACACAGUUCCAGAUUAUCCAAACGGCGCACGAAAUUCUUUCCGACCCUGAACAGAAGGCCAAGCACGAUGCUUCGCGAGGGCGCGGUAGAUUUCCAGGAGCUUCGGGUGUUAAGGGUAACCCGUGGUCAAAUGUCAGCGCCCAGUAUCCGCCCCCUCCUCGGCGCAACAAUGCAAAUCCUCGAGCUCCGCCAUCGGGCGCACAAAGAUGGCAACGUUUCUCUACGGGAGUUCCUCCCACUGCAAAGCAGUAUACAGCAUCAGAUGCUGAAUCGAAGAAGAAUGCUGCCCGAGCAUUUGAAAACAUGCGAAAGGGUACAUCGACCAAAGCGAACGAUCAACCACGACCUCCCCCUCCACCUCCGCCACCACGGACUGAAUCUGCCAGACAACGUCAAGAGGCCUCAUUUGGUGCCAGGAAGACAGGCUUCCACCCUCGGACAACAGUGGGCGAUGAACCACCUGUAUCAAGUAGCAACUACAGCUCGAGACCUGCUUCGGAACGAUAUGCGCAGCGAUUUGGCUCUGACAUUCCACAACAAGCACCUCCUCCUACUCCCCAACGGCCGCCCCCAACUGCGAUGCCUGAUCCGUUAAGCCAAUUCAGAGACCGAGACAGUACAGCAGACCCCCGACAAAGCAGUCCUUAUGCAUCAAACGGAGGCGAAAAGACUAACCCUUUCGAUGGCAUCUCAAUAAACCGGGCUAAGAGUACUCGGGAAGCAACUCGCCAAGAUCAAUCUGCCUCUGAAAAUGAAGCCUUCAACCGACAACGCAGCGCCAGUGCACCGAAGGGUGGAAAGGCUGAGGACGUUCCUUUGAAUAAUAAGGCUCCCGAACAACCUUCGAUACCUCGGGAUCCGGCAGACCGUCCCAAGGCGCCGUUGAAGAAAACUCGCAGUGGUUUCAAGAGUGUUCCACUAGGACCUAACCAGCAGGCCACCGAGUUUCCCGCAAAUGAUAAGCCAACUGAUUCACCUGGUGGCCCAACAAUGUAUGGCAAUCCAUUUUCUACAACAUCUAGCCGCCCAUUCCUGAAGAGCUCCCACAAGUGUCGUGGUCACCACGGGUAUGAUUCCUUGGGGAAUCAUUGCCCAUAUGAAAUCCCUAUCAAGCCUUCUCAGCCGUCGCCUAGUGGUAGACAGGAUUCAACUCACCAAUUGACUCCGUUUGAGCGCCAGCAACAGGAGCUCUUAUCGCAACUCAUCGACAACGCGAGUCCUGACAGCCCUGCUAAGAAGCCGAAGCUCCAAGACCGCGACUCUAAGAUCCCCAGCAUGCCGAAUCGUGCUAACAAAGUCUACUCGAACAGCUUUAGUUUCCCUGUCAAUGAUGACACUUUCGCGCGAACAUCGCCUGAUCACCAUCGAUUCUCCCGACGAAGCACUGACGAUAUUAACACUAGUUUUGCUGAUGAAGAUGAUGCUGCUGGGUGGGAGUUCAAUGCCGGUGGAGUUGAACAGGACAGCCCAAGUAGGCCCCGAAAGCCAGGUCGCCGAUCUCCAGGGAAGCGGCCCCCGAUGAGCGGCAAGAGUACACCGAGUCUCAUGUCUGAUGCCGAGAGAUCCGACUCUGCUAAACCCGAGUCGGCCUUUAACCCUGCAGGUUGGGACUUUGGUCCCCAAACAUUUGUUCCUCAGCCGUCAAAGUCUGUAUCUCCCACGCGAUCUACCCGAACAAACUCACGAAAGCCGAAGGCGUCCAAAAAGUCAAGCCAUGCCAAUCUUGUGGACGACAGCAGCAGUGAAGAUGAGGUUUUGGAAUGGCGUGGCCGAAAAGUGCAAGAAGAGCCACUUGCUGCCGAGAGCCCCCAGGCUAUGGACAUAGAUACUCCUCCUGCGCCGUCUUCCAUGCCGCCACCUCGACCCCCCAAGGUACCUUCACCCCAACCAGCUCAGACUACGCCUUCACCACAGCCUGCCCAGCCUGUGAGCCAACCUCCGCAACCCGUUGAAACGAACCAGGCUCCUGGAGUGGUACCUGCUCCUCAUGCUGCCCGAAACAUCAACGUCGAACCCACCAGACCCGAGUGGCGACCUGGCAAUGUUGACACCGUCAAUGGUAACGAGCACGGACCCGAGAGUCCCAGAAAGGCAUUCAAUUCAAACAACAUGGGAUCUGAAGACAGCGAAGAGUUCCAAGCAAGCUUUGCUGACCUCAGAAAUGUGGCACCAUUCACUCAACAGAGUUCCGGCUUGAAGUCUUUCUCUGACUUGAAGGACAAUCUACCAUUUGAAAGCAAAGCGGCGCCACAGAUUCCAAUGAAGUUACCCAAGGUCCACCCGUUGAUCUUUCCAGCAGCACCAACUGCUCCUCAAAUCCCAGCUGCGGCCACUAUUAACGGUGUAAAGCCAAGUGCGCUUUCUUGGGAGACAUAUGUCAAAGAUUUUGAACAUUACUUGAAGCAAUGGGACACGUUCAACGCCCAAGUCGUCGACCAUUUUGCCACCCGAAAGUCGCACAUUGCUCGUACCCGAGAAGAAAAGGGAUAUUCAUUCUUGGAGAACCGGGGUGAUGCUGACAUUCAGGAGUAUUACAACUGGCUCGAACAGGAUAUGGAUGUUCGUCGACGCUGGGCAGCCGCAUGCGAGGAGCAUGAGCACCGAUUCCGAGAAUUCAUGGCGUUUCGAAUGAAGAUGAAGUAAUUGAUUGGUUUUGUUUGUGGAGUUGACAGUUUAUGGAUUGGGUCGAAUUUCGUCUAAUGUCGUUUUAUCGUCAACAUGGGAUACCAAGAAGACUAACUACUUAGCUGUUGAUCACUGGAGAGGAUACAUAUAGCACGCGAUACAGAGUGAAUUUCGGGGUUUCUACAGGAGUCCACAAGAUGACGAGGAUAGGAGGUUCUGGAUCUGGUAGGCAACAGGCGCGAUGCAAGCAUGCGGUGCGUGGAGCUGGCAAUUAUGUUGCGUUACGUUACGUUUGAUAGUGGUUUUUGUCGUUGACUAUUAGUGGCAACUGGGCGAUUUGCAUCAAGGGCGUUCUCGCUGCAGACGAGACUUGAGCUUCACUGGCAUCAGCGGUUUGGUCUUUGGAGACGGGAUUCCAAGAUGUGUAUAUGAUGGCACGAGUUAACCAUAGAAAUAGACGAGAUGGUACCUCUCAACGAGUUGGCAGUGUCAGGCACUGGCAGAUUCACGGCGGCAGUGCG